AUGGCACUCCCACCGUCGUCGGCCAGCAGCGCCGCGGCAUCGCGUGCGCACACCCCCGCCGGCCAUCGUCGCUCCACGCACCUCGCCGUCGGUCUACCUGCGCAGAACAACGACGCACAAGCUGGAGCACGGACGCCUGAUCGCCAUGAUGGCGCAGGUCUCCAGGCUCACAAGCUGCACCUGGUGCUCUCCGAAAUCACGUCCGUCACCUCGACCGUGCGCAAGGCCACGAGGUGGAACGCAACCACCUCAGCCGCGCUCACUCGCAUCACCUCGUACAGCUACUCGGCCGCACAGACCCCACAAGCACCCUCUCAGCCGCGACCGCAGCAGAGUUCGGUCGGCGAUGUACAACAAGCACCGGGUGCCGAUGCUGCGUCCGCUGGAACGAGCUCAAGCGCACGAAUUGCGCUGCGCGGAAUGCAGCGCGGCGCCACCAUCGACGCUGCCUCGUCCUCAUCUGCAGCAGCUCGGAGGCUAGGUCUGGCGCUCGGCGUCGAUGGCAAGGCUGAUGAUCCCGUCAGCCUCCUUACCGCCUUUGCCACGCUCAAGGCUCAGCUGCGAGCCUGCCACGACUUUGCCGCUUUCCCCCUUCCCACGCUGCUCGCGCCCUUCCUGCGCCUCAUCCUCAGCCCGCGCACCUCGGCCCACGUCACAUCGGCUGCGCUCCAGGCCGUGCACAAGUUCCUCGUCUAUGGCGUCGUCUCCCUCGACGCGCCCGAUGCACAGAUCGCCGUCGCCGAGAUCGCGCACGCCACCAGCCACUGCCGCUUCGAAGCCUCGGAAGCCACGACGGAUGAACUCGUGCUUGUACGCAUCUUGUCGGUCAUGCGCGAGCUGAUCUGCGAGCCAACCCAGGCCCCCGCUGCAACAACUCCCGCAGAAGCGCAGCGCAGGCAUCCCACAACGCUCGCCGACUGCCUCGGUGACGACAGCAUCUGCGAGAUGAUGGAGACGGGCCUCUCCAUGUGCUGCCAGACCAGACUGUCCGAAGUGCUGCGCAGGACCGCCGAGCUCUCCAUGACCGCCAUGGUGCGCACGCUCUUCAGCCGUCUGCCCGUCUUGCCGCACUCGGCAGACGAGUUCUUCGUCUCGCGAUCCGAUGGAAAAGAGCCCGAACCCGAACAUGCUACCCUGGCUGCCGAGCCGGUAGGCGAGGAUGCCGAGCAAGACGAAAAGAAACGCCGCCGCAUGACCAUGCCAGACCCCACUAGCAACGCCUUCCCUGCUGCUGCCAAGCAGGUGCUCGACCAUCUCCGCGAGAUGGGCGAGGAAGAAGAUGCGGAGCAGACACAAGAUCAGCCGCAGGAACAGGCACAGGAGCCAACACCAGACGCAGACUCGACUGCUCCCGCGGAUCCGCAAGUUGCGGACGAGACGGAAUCGCAGCCCGCUCAGGAUGCUCCUGCCGUGUCAGCUCAAGCCGAAGACAACGCCGAAAUCGAGCCGACACCCGCAGAGGCAGCGCCAGCCGAGCCCAUCCACAUUGAGCCGUUCGGACUUCCGGCUAUCCUCGAGGUGUGCCGUGUCAUUGUCUCGCUGCUCGAUCCGAACAACCUGCAGCACACAAACACCAUGCGUCGACUCGGCAUGUCGAUGCUCAUCUCGGUGCUGGAGACUGCCGGUCGCUCGAUCGGCGAGUUCCCCUCGCUGCGCGCGCUCAUGCAAGACACUGCAUGCAAGUACCUCUUCACGCUUGCACGCAGCGAGGACACCAUCCCGCUCUCGCUCAGCCUGCGCGCGCUCUCGACCAUGUUCGAGACCAUGCGCGAGCAUCUCAAGCUGCAGCACGAGUACUUCCUCAACUACCUCAUGGACAGGCUCGCGCCCACCUUCCCGCUCGCGCUCGAGCCGUGGAACGAGCGCUCCUUUGACAGUGUCGCCCGCCGUGCGCUUGCGGCCGAGUCGAUCAGCCGCACCGGUACUCCCGAUCCCAACGCAGCCGCCGCGCUGCAGCAACAGCCCACACCCCCGCCUGCGCCGCCUGCACCUCCCAUUCCAAAGGGCUCUGACAGGGCGCCGGCCACCGGAGAAGCGAGGGAGCUGUACUUGGAGACGCUCGCGCUGCUCUUCCGCAACUUUGACUCGGACAGGGCCGCCGAGUAUCUCGUCGACCUCUACCUCAACUACGACUGCGACACGGACUGUGACAACAUGUACGAGCGCAUGCUCCACUUUUUAUGCCGCUGUAUUCACGCCGCCAACCCGCAGAUUGCGGGCCAGCAGGACCCCGUGCAGCUCUUUGCACUCGAUGCUCUGCUGUCUUUCGUCGCGGCCACAGCGGACCGCCACGAGGCGGGACGUACAGGCUCGGACGAGAGCGGCACUAUUCUGCCUGGCGGGGUCUCGGUAGAGGCACUUGCGCAGCAGAAAGCCAAAAAGGCGACCAUUCUCGAUGGCGCAAGCCGCUUCAACGCCAAGCCCAAGGAUGGCCUUGCAUUCCUCGAACGGGAGGGCCUGCUCGACUAUGGUGACGCCAGCCUCUCGCGCGAAGAGCGCGUCGCUCGCUUCCUCAAGGAAUGCCCGCGACUGGACAAGAAGCUUGUCGGCGACUACAUCGGCCGACCGGACAACGUCAAGGUGCUCGAGGCUUUCGUGCGCCUCUUCGACUUCAAAGACAAGCCGAUUGCCGAGGCGCUGCGCGAGAUGCUCGAGAGCUUCCGCCUGCCCGGCGAGUCGCAGCAGAUCGAACGCAUCACCCAGACCUUCGCCGCCACCUACUUUGGCGCCAAGCCCGACGGCAUCGCCACCGAGGACGCAGUGUUCAUCCUCGCCUACUCGGUCAUCAUGCUCAACACGGAUCUGCACAACCCGCAGAACAAGCGCCGCAUGACCGUCGACGACUACCGCAAGAACCUGCGCGGCGUCAACGGCGGCGACAACUUUGAGCUCGAGCUUACCGGUGCCAUCUACGAGAGCAUCCGCAAGCGCGAGAUCGUCAUGCCCGAGGAGCACGCAGGCUCGCUCGGAUUCGAGUAUACCUGGAAGGAACUGCUCAGGCGCUCGCGCACUGCUGGCACGCUCGUCGCCUGCAACACCACUGCAUUCGAUCGCAGCAUGUUUGAGGCCAGCUGGAAGCCGGUGCUCUCCAGCAUUGCGUUUGCCUUUUCGACAUUUGCGGACGAUUACAUGGUCGAGCGCGCGAUCUCGGGCAUCCGACAGUGCGGCAUCCUCGCCUCCGAGUUCGACCUGGUCGAGGUCUUCGACUUCAUGGUCCACACAUUGGCGAGCGCGACGGGCCUGCUCGACAGUUCGGUGCCGCAGACGCUCACGAUCAACCCGACCGUCGAGGUGGAAAACCAGAAGGUCACCGUCAGCCCGCUCUCGACGCGCUUCGGCGUCAACUUCAAGGGUCAGCUUGCCGCCGUGGUGCUUUUCACCAUCGCCAACGGCAAUGUCGACGCCAUCCGCACUGGCUGGUCGGACGUGUUUGAGAUUUUCAAGAAUCUCUUCGCGCACGGCAUGCUACCAGCGUCCAUGGUGAUGAUGGAGGAUCUUGCAGACGGCCAGGUGGCCAUCCCGCUCAAGCCAAAGAAGAUUCCAGGGCCCUCGCCGCAAGACCCGCGUGUGCAGGGCGGCGGUCUGUUCAGCACGCUCUCGUCGUACCUGCUAUCGCCAUACUCGAACACCAACGAGCCAGCGCCGUACGAGGCGACGCCCGAGGACAUUGAGGCGACACUGAGCUCGGUUGACUGCAUCGCAAGCUGCCGUCUCGAGGACCUGUGGCACCAGGUGCUCCAGCUAGGCACCGAGUCGCACCUCUGCGCCGUGCACUACCUGCGCUUCCUCAUCGAGGCGCUCACCGUCGAGAAGGUGCUCUUCCGCGAGUCGGCCGGAUGGAACACGGACGGCACCUCCACGCCCAACAGCAUCCACGGCGCCGGCAAUGGCAAACCCAACGCUAAAGACGGCAGGCUCCAGCCCAUGGCUGCUUCGUCAUCAAGCAGCCUCGCGGCCGGUGGCGCAGCAUCGCACGGAGCGGCUGGCGGUCUGCCGCUGACGUACGACCCGCGCGUUCCGUUCUUGCUCGAGCUGCUGGCGCAGAUCGUGGUGAGCUCGCCGAGUCAACUCGUGGCCGAGACGUGGCCGUGGGUGGCUGAGCACAUUUCGGCCGUGCUGCGCAACGCCAAGGCGUAUCAUCCUAUGGUGGUCGAGCGCGAGGUGGCGGCGCUGUUGCGCAUAAUCGCCGCGGCUGCGGGCGAGGAGAGUCUGCGCGACCAGAUCUUCCUGGCGCUCGACUUGCUGCGCGAGCUGCCGGUCGAAAUUCGCAUCUCGGGAUCCAAGCAGCUGCUCGCCGGUCUCACACAGGUGCUGUCGCGCCACCCGGGCUUCGUCCGCUCGCAUACCGAGUGGAGCCUCGUGUUUGCGCUCAUUGCGGACAACUCCAACAUGCGCAAUGCCGACUCGGCGCGGCUCGCGUUCGAAGCGACCAAGGCCGCCGUCGCCGCCCCUGCGGAGAAAGGAAGCAGCGGCGUGACGGCGGACAACUUUGUUCCGGCCGUGACGCAGCUGGUGGAGUUUGCGAACGGCGCAGACACGGCCGCCUGGCGCAACAUGAUGCUGCGCGAGUCGCCGCAGCGCCGCACGACGCUGACCGAGAAGAAGGAGAUGGCCGAUGCGGAGAAGGUGCAGCAGGAGCGCGGCGUCGAGGCAGCGGGCGCGCUCGAGGCGCUCAAGUCCGAGAUCCCGCGUCUGGUAGCUGCUGAAGCGGAGGGUGCGGAUAUCGAUGCGGCGUGGAGCAAGUACUGGCAUGCGCUGCUGAGCGGACUGGCUCGACAGUGGACGAAUGCCUACGCGCCCGUCCGCUCGACCGCGGUGACCCUGCUGCAGCGCGCGCUUUUCUCGGCUGAGCUUGUUUCCGAUGCACAUGCCGCGCCUUCGCGCACGGCAUUGAUUGGCGUCGUGUUCACGCAGACGCUAUUCCCGCUCAUCGAGGAGCUGCUCAAGCCGCAAGUGUACCAGAUCGACCCGCCGUCGGCGGCGAACAAGAACGGCGGCAUGCUCGAGAUCCGCAUCCGCGCAUCAGCGCUCAUCUGCAAGAGCUUCCUACACCUCAUUCCGCACCUCGCUCCGCACGAGGGCGGCUCGAGCGACGAGUUUGAAAAGCUCUGGCUCGACCUGCUCGACCUCAUGGACCGCAUGAUCAACUCCACGGGCGGCAACGCGGGCAGGAGGAAUCCGCUCACCGAAGCCAUUCCGGAGAACCUCAAGAACGUGAUCCUCGUCAUGGAGACGUCUCGCCUGUUUGAAGGUGCGGAAGAGGAGGGAGGCAGAAGGCUGUUCAGGCUGACGCACGAUCGACUGCAGCGAUUCCUGCCCGGGCUCGUUGACGAGGUCUUUGCAGCCCAGGAUGCAGGUGCGGCUGCAGCGCCACAACCUCAGCCAGAAGUUCAGGCUGACGUAGAGACAGCCGCGCAGCCGCAGGACCAAGAGUGA